UAGCGCCACGCUACUGAUCCGUCUUAACAGUCCGUACGCGCUAGUAGGCUUAGUCAGUCCAGCUACCUUUAUUCACGCUGCCAGCAGCGCUUCUUUCGCUCAAUCAACUAACUUUCAAUUCAGUCUGUCUUUUCGCACCCACCUUCACCCUCGCAUCCACCCGCGCAGUUACGAGUCCAAGCUCAAGCAACAUGACCUCAGAAGGCAACGCGAUGUUGUUAGAAGCCAUCAACCAGUAUGGCUCGCUCUCUGGCAUUCUCGACGCCUCAAUCCGGCCUAGACAGCGUCCGCUUCAGAGGCCCGGUCUCAAGGCACGGAUCGACCAAGAGGACGAGCCCUUACUUCCUGAGUCUGACUAUGAAACCGAGCUCCUCUUCUACCUGGAGAUCAUCAUAAAGGCAACCCAGGGCAAUGAGAGUGAAGGCAAGGACCUAAUCUUGAACCAAGUUCACCUCCGCUACAAGACCCCACAUCAUGAAAACAGACAUGUCAGAGAAGUCAUUGUCGACGAUCUUCGUGCUGUUGUCUCCACUCUCAAGCACUCGCGAAACUUCUUGAAUAAGUUCGGAAAAGUUAUCAUCGACGAAGAGCGUCCGACUUCUACGAAGCCCCAGUCAAAGCGGCAGUCGCAUGUCCCUUCAACCGCUACUUACGCAAACAUUAUCGAGGAUCAGGAUGAGAUCGCUUCUCUGCCUAACCCUAGGCAAGGCCUGAAGAGGGCCUUUCACGGAGACCUUGGGCCCGGAGCGCCUGCCGUUCAAGAAGCUCUACUUUACACCCAACGUCGUCGUAUCACUCGGAAGACUGGUGGCUUCAUCGACUUGUAUGGUGACACGCCUAGCAGCGAGAGUGACACAGAAUCAGAGGGCCCCAUCACGGCCUGGAAGGGCGACCAAGAGGACAGUACGGCAGAAUGGCGCAACAAGCAGGGCCUUUACCACAAGGAGCUUAGGUUUCGCCGCUUGGAGAAGGAGCUCAUGGCCAGCAUCCAAGGGCUCUUGUCUCUUUACAUUGACGGCCAGUAUGUCGAGGUCACAGAGUUCCCCGGAGAAGAGAAGCUUUGGAAGAAGUGGCAGGAGACAGACCGCAAGGACAAGGAAGGAAUUAAAGCCGCAAAUGAGGCUUGGACCAACCACGUUCAGGCUCUGGACCGCGCGAAGACAUUCCUCUACUUGAUUCGCAAGGAGAGGAAAGUCCCCAUACAACCCAACGUCCAGCAACUGUUCCUUCAAGCCUUGUACUGGAAGUCCCUCUACGACGACCGUAGUAACCUGUUGAAGGACCAGAAGUACGUCACCGCCCUCAAAAAGGCCCAUGUCUCUCGUCGUCUUUAUGAGGCGGAGCACCGCCCAUCUAAGGAGGACUUCAAUGAUCUUCGGGAGGAUAGUGCUGUGGAUGUUUUGGAGCAUGAGGAUGAAGGCGAAGAUGAAAGUGUCGAGGAGGUAGAGGUGCUCUCUGAGUGUGAUGACAGUGAUGACGAGGACUUUGUACCUGAGUAG